AUGUUGAGUUUGAGGGCUCGUCAAGCUGUGAAAGCUUCCAAAAUACCCAAAAGAAGCCUUGCAACGCAAGCAUUCAGCCAUCCAGUGCCGCAAGAAUACCAAUCGAGAACACCGCCGUAUGCCAAACUCAUAGAUAAGUUAGCCACCGUGAAAAAGAUUGUUAACGAGCAGCCCCUCACGUUGGCGGAAAAGAUCCUUUACUCCCACUUGUGCGACCCAAAUGAAAGUCUAACUUCAUCCAACUUGGCAGAUAUCCGCGGCCAGCAGUAUUUGAAGCUCAAUCCCGAUCGAGUAGCGAUGCAGGACGCUUCAGCCCAAAUGGCCUUGUUGCAGUUUAUGACUUGCGGCAUGAGCUCCACCGCGGUGCCCGCCUCGAUCCACUGCGACCAUUUGAUUGUUGGCAAAGACGGAGCAGAAGAAGAUUUGGUGAAGUCGAUCGCUACCAACAAGGAGGUGUUUGAUUUCUUGCAGAGUUGUGGUGACAAGUACGGCAUUCAGUUCUGGGGGCCCGGCUCCGGUAUCAUCCACCAGAUUGUGUUGGAAAACUUUAGUGCGCCCGGUUUGAUGAUGUUGGGCACCGAUUCCCAUACUCCCAAUGCCGGGGGGUUGGGCGCUAUAGCCAUUGGUGUUGGUGGUGCCGAUGCUGUUGAUGCCUUGACUGGCACCCCGUGGGAAUUGAAGGCUCCAAAGAUCAUGGGUGUCAAGUUGACGGGCCGCUUGUCCGGUUGGACAUCACCCAAAGACGUCAUCACUAAAUUGGCAGGAGAGUUGACUGUCCGCGGCGGUACUGGUUACAUUGUCGAGUAUUUUGGUGACGGAGUUGAGAAUUUGUCAUGCACGGGAAUGGCCACCAUUACAAACAUGGGGGCCGAAAUUGGUGCUACAACUUCGAUUUUCCCCUACCAAGAGGCUCAUAAACGUUAUUUGAUCCACACAAACAGAGAACCAAUUGCCGCAGCUGCUGACGCGGUAAAUAAACAAUUCAAAUUCUUGAGGGCCGAUGAAGGUGCCACAUAUGAUAAAGUGGUUGAAAUCAACUUGUCGGAGUUGGAGCCACACGUGAAUGGUCCAUUCACCCCGGACUUGUCUACCCCUAUUUCGAAAUUUGGCGAAACGGCCCAACGUGAAGGAUGGCCUCAAACCGUUUCCGCUGGUUUAAUUGGCUCAUGCACAAACUCGUCGUAUCAAGACAUGUCAAGGGCGGUAUCGAUAAUCAAGCAAGCGGAAGCAGCAGGGUUAAAGCCCAAAAUCCCAUUUUUCGUGACCCCGGGCUCGGAGCAGAUCCGCGCCACCAUAGAGCGAGAUGGACUCAUUGAGACAUUUGAACAGAAUGGAGCCAUCGUGUUGGCCAACGCUUGUGGUCCAUGUAUCGGACAAUGGGAUAGAACCGAUGUCCCUAAAACAUCCACCGAUUACAAUGCAAUUUUCACCAGUUUCAACAGAAAUUUCAGAGCUAGAAACGACGGCAAUCGAAACACCAUGAAUUUCUUGACGUCUCCAGAUAUGGUCACCGCCAUGAUCUACUCGGGCGAUGUCCAUUUCAACCCCGUGACGGAUUCAAUCAAUUUACCCAAUGGUUCUACUUUCAAAUUCCAGCCUCCUCAAGGUGAAGACUUGCCGCACGCGGGCUUCAUCAAGGGAAGAAGCGAGUAUUAUCCUGACCCCAACCCGCAACCAAAACCCGAAGUACAAGUCAAUGUCUCUCCUGAAUCCGACAGAUUGCAACUUCUCGAUCCAUUCAAACCAUGGAACGGGCAGGAACUCUCCACCAACGUGCUUUUGAAAGUCGAAGGUAAAUGCACCACCGACCACAUUUCCGCCGCUGGUGCAUGGUUGAAAUACAAGGGCCACUUGGAAAACAUAUCCUACAACACGUUAAUCGGGGCCGUCAAUAAGGAAACGGGCGAAGUCAACAAGGCAUACGACUUGAACGGCGACGCGUACGGCAUCCCUGAAUUGAUGAUGAAAUGGAAGCAGGACCAAAGGCCAUGGAUCGUGGUUGCUGAGCAUAACUACGGCGAAGGCUCAGCUCGAGAACACGCGGCAUUGUCGCCUCGGUUCCUUGGUGGUGAAGUCAUAUUAUGUAAGUCGUUUGCGCGGAUCCACGAGACGAACUUGAAGAAACAGGGGAUGUUGCCGCUUACAUUUGCCAAUGAACAGGACUACGAUUUGAUCUCUGCGGGCGACUUGAUCACUACGCUCGAUUUGAAAGAUAUGAUUGGUAAAGAUGGCGAUAAUGGCGGAGAAUUGAGGUUGAAAGUUACAAAGAAACUGGAUGGGUCCGAGUUUGAGAUUGUUGCUAAGCAUACCAUGUCCAAGGACCAAGUUGACUUCUUUAAGGCCGGCUCGGCUAUUAACCAUAUUGGAAAUUUGAAGAAGAAGUCGACGGCGGCGUAG